AUGGCGGCGGCGGCAUUGCGGCGGGCGGGCGCCGCGGGGCGCGCGGGCGCGCGGGGCUACCGCGCCGCGCUCUGCACCCAGCUGGCCGGGCCGCUGCAGCUGCGGGAGCUGCCCCCACGGGCCCUGCAGCCCCACCAGGUCCGAGUGGGUGUGCAUUACUGCGGGUUAAAUUUUGCGGAUAUUUUGGCCUGCCAGGGUUUGUAUCAGGAAAAACAUGCUCUUCCGUUCACUCCUGGAAUGGAGUUUUCAGGGACGGUCCUGGAGACAGGAGAGAACGUGAGCACCGUGAGGGAGGGAUGCCGAGUUGUUGGUGUGCCUGGCACUACCGCGAUGGCAGAGGAGUGUGUCGUUGACCAGAAGAUGCUGUGGCAGGUCCCUGAAGGGGUGUCCAGCGAGGACGCCGCGGUGCUGCCUGUCACCUACGGCACAGCCACGCUGGUCCUCCAACACCGGGCGUGCGUGCAGCCGGGGGAAACGGUUCUGGUGACGGCAGGAGCUGGGGCUACAGGACUUGCAGUUAUUGAUCUGGCUGUCAAUAUUUUCAAGGCAAAGGUGAUAGCAGCAGCUGGAAGCGAUGCCAAAUGCGAGCUGGCUCUGCAGAGAGGCGCAAGCCACAGCGUGAACUACAGCCGGAGCAGCCUGAGGGAUGAAGUGAAGAGGCUCACGGAUGGCAGAGGGGCCAAUGUGGCCGUUGAGGCUGUUGGCGGGGACAUCUUCAAGGCAGCCCUGCAAAGUCUGGCUUGGGAGGGCAGGAUUGUGGUGAUGGGUUUUGCUGGAGGAAAAAUUCCCUCAAUUCCUGCUAACUUGCUGCUUCUGAAGAACGUGUCUGCCAUGGGAGUGUAUUGGACUCGGUACCAGGAGGAGAAUUUUCCUGUUUUCUCCUCCACUAUGUCUUCGGCUCUUCGGUAUUGCCAGGAGGGAAAGAUCCAUCCUCACAUCGGAGCAGUCUUCAAGCUGGAAGAGGUAAAUGAGGCCUUUAACCACGUGCUCCAGCGCCAGUCCACGGGAAAGGUCGUCAUCUCCAUGCAGUAAACCGCAGCUGGGCAGCCGCGGGCCCUCGCGGCGGGUGGAAGCGAGGUGCAGAGCACCCCGAGGUGCAGAGUGGACCCUUUGCUUUUGCCGUGUGCGCCCAAGCAGCCUCGGGGCCUGGCGGCACUGACCGGGAUCGCUCACACGACCACACACACACACAGCACGGCAACCCUGAGGAUCCCUCAGCGUCCAGCUCACCCCCAUCGUCCCUAUAGCUAUAGCUGCAAGAUCAAUAAUUUUGACCAGGCUGUCCUGCAUCUCAAUAAUAAACUUGCACUGCUCUCAAAAUCUCACCCAACAACACUUCUUGGUGACCAAAGGCACAUCUCGUAUCUCUCUCAUAGCUCAUCAGACAUAGGCUGACUUCUUGCAGCUUUUCUGGCUUUGUCAGUGGGAAUAUAUGGACUGCU